ACCGUAAAAAUUCAGCCUAUGGUUAUAUUCCCUUCCCAUUCUACGGGCAUUGGAUUAGGUUAGGUUAGGUGAGGUUUGAAUUCUGAACGGUUGCAGCUGGUGUAAAUUACAUAUAUAUUGUAUAAAUGAGCAGAUCAGUAGGAAUGGUUUAAUCAACGAGAAGAACAAUGUCAGUACAAAAUAUGACAAUGAAUCUAUCGAACAAUGCUCGAUGUUACACAUCAAAAUCCAGCGGAAAAAAAUAUCCAAUAUUUAGUAUCCGUGACCUUGUGCCAGGUCACACUGGACCGGAAACAUCUGAAGCUGCUAUGGCUCAAAUAGCCAAACCUCGAUCGGAGAGAAAAUGCCAACCAGUGAGAAUAUCUAUGGCUUAUUUCAACGAUCCAUCGGACCGCAGAAAUACUGGAUCAAGUCGCAAAACUCCUGGUCGACCAUUGCCGCAACCAAUUCGUAAUAUUCAUAAGCUGUUUGAAUCACCCAAAAACAAUGCCAGAAAGAGGCUCGAUAGUUUAUACGAUUCUUCAAAACGAAAUGAAAAUGUAAAUCAUUUAAAAAGAAAAAGUCGACUUCUGAAUGGUAACAAAAUUGUGCCAAGGUUACCUGAUAGCAUCGCAGCACGUGAAGCAGAGCCCACUCGAAAACCGAGCACAGUUAAUCCUAACGGAAAUUUGAGAUGCAGCAGACUAUUACCACCGGGAUCCAUAACGAGUUCUUUUAUUAAUAAGCGAAAUUCAACGGCAGUAAGAUCUUCGAUUUAUAAACCUGUAAACCAUGUCCUUGUUGAUCACAAAAAUGUGCAAAGUGGAAGACCUUCGAAUGUUCCAGAAGAGUCGUCGUUAAUUUCUGAGACACAUGAUGAAAACUUGUCCAUCAAACCAAGUACUACAUCAUUAAUAAAUUUUUCUGCUAAUCAAAUUGAAGAUGCAAAAAAGGAUUCAAUUCACUCAGUUUCGACGCCCAGUUCUCCCAAGCAAAAUCAGAAAUCUACUAAGUGCUGCAACUGUUCACAGCUCGUAGUCGAUUCUAAUACAGUUGUGAACAUUUCUACUUUAACAGAUAAAAAUAUUAAAGAUUCACAAAAUACCCUAGGUAUCGUUCAGCCAGAUUCAGAUGUUGAAAAAGCUGCAUGUCAUCGGCCUACAGUAAUUGUCAUGCAAAAGGAAGUAGCUUCUCAAGCCCAAACAAAUUUUGAUGUUGGCGUGGAACUAGAAGAUAGUGUAUUUGUACAGGAUGGAUCAUAUUCAGAAGUUUUAAGCCUACAACCACCUGCAAAUUCUGUUAAAUCUGAGGAAUCGACGACUUUUCAACGCAUAAAAAAUGCUACUGAAGAAAAUCGUGAUGCUGAACUAACUGAGUUUACGUCUCAUUUGAUAGAUAUGAAGAAUGAGGUGCUCGUUUUCAAACAAAAACAAUUAAUAGAUGAAAUAUCCCACCAUGAGAAAUAUUUAGCAAAUCUUAAAUUGGAGUUGAAAAAUGUGAAUAUAGACUUGGAUAAUCAAAAAAUCCGAGCGUCCAAUUUGAAGUUGGAAGGUUGGAGAAGUUUGAGUAAUGAAGAUAUGGCUUUUUUGGUAUAUCAAUACAAUGGGAAUACUAACGAGCGUUUUGAUAGGCGUUUGAAUGCCCAAGAAUUGUCUGUGUCUGAUAAUAAUGGAAACCGUUUAAAAAACACCCAGGAAUAUCAUCAACAAACUGCUGAGACUGCCGAGCUGAGAAAAUCGUCAAGUAACGAAAAGCUCCAGUCAGAUAAAGACAAAAAUGAUGAUUUAUCAAAACACGAAUCUACCAACUUAGCUGUGAAUAUUGAUAAAAUAGAAAAUAUUGAAAACGAACCACCUACCAGGAGACGAUCCGUUAGGUUAGCGAUGAAAAAUGCUAAUCAGUCCUUGCCUGUUAGCCACAGUACACCUGUGAUAAAAAACGGGAAAUUUGCAGCUUCCCAAUCUAACAAUCAGUCCAAGCCACCCUGUACGCCAAACAUGACUACCACUCCUGGGCAAAGCAAUGCUUGGAAGAAAAAGAACGCCCGAUCAUUGCGGGAAUACAUGGUUCUGAAAUCAGCUAAUAAAUUUUUAAAUACGCCAGACGUCCAGCGCUAUCGAAUGGGAUCGGAUGAAAAGGUCAAGAUUCAGGAUACAAGUAGUAUGGUAAACGAUGGAUUACUUUUAACAGAUAAAUUGUUAUCCGAACUUCAUGACUUGCAUGCUACACCUCAAAAAUUUUACCCAUAAGUACGUGUAGUAACGCAUAAACUGUAUUUGUAUAAUUAAUAACUGUACAAUUUAAUGUUAUUUUUUGUAAAUUAUAAUUGCAACGUAUUUAUUGUAAUCGUCUUUCUACCCAUUGAUCUUAAUUAGUAUGAAU